AUGUUAUUAAAUAGAACCAUUUCCUCUCUUGCACUUGCAAAAAUCUUCAAUGGGUCACCAUUUAGGACUACUCAGACUGGUGAAACACUUAAAGUUAGCAAAUCAAUCUUUUCAAAAACAUUAGAUCCAUUAUUUUUUGUCAAAAGAGGUUCACAUUUAAGUUUAUCUAAUACAGAAUUUAGGAAUAUUGGUUCUUCUAUUGUGAAAAUGGAUGCAUCUAUUACUUAUGAGAAAUCACUUAUAAAUCAAUCAAUUAAAGAGAGUGUUGAUGAUGUCAAUCACUCGAGUAUAAUAAUUCAGAAUUGUAAAUUUAUCAAUGUGAAAUUUUCGAGUAAUUCACAAUAUUUAGCAAUGAUAACCUCCAGUCCAACAUUAAUAUAUAACAAUACAUUUGCAUACAUAUCACUGAAAAAGGGCUUAUUCUAUAUUAUCGAUUCCUCAAUCAAUAUCACUCAAAAUGUGAUUACUAAUUGUAAUGGUGACUCAGCAUCAUUGUUCAAUAUCACGAGCUGUUCUGGAACAGUUACUGAUAAUAAUAUUACUCAAAGCAAAAAAUCUACACUCAUUUUAGUUGAUGAUGUAACAAAUAUUUCGUUCAACAAGUUACAGGUUGAUUAUAGCUAUGAUGAAUCUAUCUCAGCCCCUGUAAUAGAUAUUCAGAACUCACUAGAGGUCACAAUUGACUCUCUCGGAAUUUCUACAAAUUCUGCAGAUUCAAAUGCAAUUAUAAACAUGAGCAAUGUCACUAGGGCUACAAUAUUUGCUGCUGCUUUUAUUAAUAUUAGUAAACCUGUUGAAGUAUCUUCAUUAACAGCAUUAAUAUUGAAAAGAUGGUGUACUAACGCUAUAACUGAUACUAUAGGUAGUUCAGAGGACAGUAUUAUUGCAAAUGUAUCAGGUAAAGUAAAUUUAUCCACAUGCUCAUAUGAAAAUAUUAUUAUACACCUUGCAACUGCAACUCCUCCUCUCUCGACUUCAGAAAAGAUUGCAAUGUAUAUAACAAUUGCAUUCUUUUGUUUAUUCUUUAUUUCAACAUUUAUUAUCCUGAUUUCUUUGAUCUUUUGCAAAGUUGGUAUGAGUCAGGAGAUCCAAUUCUCAGAAGAAAUGGGAGAAGAGGAAGAUUCGUUUGUUUCAUUUGCCAAUUAA